UUCAGAAAUUGUAAGGUGUUGUCAUCCGCGUUCUUUGGUUUGGUGCUUAACGUUGGGCAGAUAAUAUUGACAAUGCGGCUCUAACAGCAUUACUAUUCUUUCGUUUCUGUUGGCGGUGGAGGGGUGUAUUACCUAUUUCUCUAACAUAACACAGAAGAGAGAUAGUUAAGUCACCCAUAAGUCCGAGAAAACUCCACUUUUAACACAAAGCUAACCCGUUAGCUAUGGAGGAGAGGAAGGAAGAGGGACAAGCUGAAAUCCAAGAACACGGCCCCGAGCACUGGUUCUCAAAAUGGGAACGACAGUGCCUGGAAGAAGCUGAACAGGACAAUCCUGACGAAGAGGAAAGGGAGCAAAGUCCACAGAAACUGUGGCACCUCUUUCAGAACUCAGCUACCGCAGUUGCACAGCUUUACAAAGAUCGUGUGUGCCAGCAGCAAGGUCUCUCCCUCUGGGUGCCCUUCCAGAAUGCGGCCACAGCUGUCACUAACCUGUAUAAAGAGAGUGUAGAAGCCCACCAGCGGAGCUAUGACCUGGGUGUCCAUUUAGGCCACCAGCGCAGGAAUAAGGAGGUGAUUGCAUGGGUCAAAAAGCGACGAAGAACUAUUAGACGAGAAGAUCUCAUCAGCUUCCUCUGUGGCAAAGUUCCACCUCCGCGGACAGCUCGCGCACCACCUAUAGUUGCUAUGGUGUCUGCAAGUCGGCCAUCACCACCAGAGACGGACAACUCUGUCGAGGCAGACCUGCAGCCUUUCAGAGAGGCUAUAGCCCUGCAUGGUCUCAGCGGCGCGAUGGCCAGCAUUUCAGUGCGCUCCGGCCCUCCGGGUUCCCCAACACACCCUGCCCAGUCUCUCAGUCGACGUAGAAACGGUCUCCACGACAUGGACCUUAACACCUUUAUAGCCGAAGAGAUGGCACUUAAUUUAGAUUCUGCUGCCACCCGUAAACGGGGCUCUGCACCCCACAGUGACGUCAUCACAGACUCACCCACUCAUAAACGGAACAGGAUGCUCUGAACUGAACGUCAAAUCCUCAGCUGUCCUCUCCUCGGUGGCCGGUCGGACAGACUAUGGGGACUGAUGCCUUGGCCAACCAUAAAACUCUUCCUUUUUAGUUGCAAUGUUACAAAUAAAGAAAAGCUUGAAUAUUAUCAGUUUGCAUAUUUAUCCCCUUCCUUAUUUUUCCACCCCGUUUUCUUUUAAGAAAUGUCUCUCAUUCUCUCCAUUGUAAAGUUCAGCUUUUUCUUUAUAAUUAGUUUUCCCCCAGUAUUCUGAUGCAAGCACACAUUACUCUUUAUAUCCUUAAAUUGCAGAAUGUUGCAUUUGGAUAUUGCUUAUUGUGCUUCACUUUUUUUUAAAUCAGAUGAACUCAAUAUAUGCCUACUGUUUUCAGCUUGUGGUCCCCCCCCCCCCCCCCCCCCUUCCUGACCAUAUUCUUCUGCAGUGCAGAGCAACAUUGGAGCUCUUCAGGAGGCUGAACUGCUUGAUUUGAAAACAUGUAGAUUUUUACUCUGCUGCUGUUUUGUGUUAGCUGUUUGACAGCAGAACUGCCACUUUUACUGUAUUUACAUGUCUUUGCCUUUUAAGAAAGCUGCUAGAAUAUCUGGUUGUGGUGCAGCAGUGUGUGCAUACACUUGUUUCCACCUUUAUUGGAUACACCCUACUGUUAGCUCUUAAUUUGCUCUUACUAAAACAAGGGUUUAUUGCAGUAUAUCAGUCAAAUUUACACUAACUUGUUGGCUGAAGGGAUAGAUGUCUUCUUAAAACGUUCUUUGACAAAAUAUUCUCUGUUGUAUUAGCAGUUCUACACAUUAACUGCACUACCACCCGUCGACAAAAGAAAACAGACAUGCAGAGUAUCACAUUACAUAUGGAUGCAUCCUGGUUCGUGUUGCAUCACAAACAGUUACGGUGGUCAAAGGCUUGCAUUUGACCUGCUUAAUGUUUACAUUUAACUCAUAAAUAGGAUCAUAGAGUUUUGCAUCGUCAUUAUUUUAUGUUCCUUGAUUUUUCAUGAUGUGUGACAAUUUCACACUCAUGAUUUCAGCUUUAAACUUAGAAGGGGCCGGUGGCUGUGAGAUUAUAUUUUGUUUAGCCAGCUCAUGGAAUAAUGGGUGUGUUAGUUUGGCAAAAACGCUUGUUUUUUUGCUAAUUUCACACACUGUUUUGUGAUACAAUCUUGUGUAAGCAUGUAAAUAAUGUAGGUGCAGUUAUUAUGUGGUACAUAUUGUAAAAAGAAGUGCUAAUCCAUUGGGAAGUCCUUGUACAAUGAUUCAAAAAUUAAAGAGAAUACAAAUGUU